UUACUGGUGAAGAUCACAUUUUUGUUCAAAACACGUUGGUCUGAAAGCAUACAUUUUCGUCUUCAAACGGCGUCGUUUCUAUUAUCUAAAUCAACGCACAAUCUGAAAACGUAAAACCCCAUGGACUAAAUCAUAAACCCUAAUACUAACCAGAGAGAGAGAGAGAGAGAGAGAGAGAGAGAGCUCAGAAUCCGGCGCCAAAACCCAAGAAUGCCUUCUUCACGAAUCCUUACCAGCACUUACAGGAGUUUCCCUAACUUCUCAUCCUUCCCCUUAUUCUCUUCCUCCAGAUUCCGUCACCUAACUCUGUCACAGCAUCGCUCGAUCUUCUCCACCUCACAGCUUCAGGGCUCAUGGAUGGACAGGAUCAAAGGGGUCUUCACCGGGCAGAAGAACAACCCGGAAGAACCCCAGAUCAGCUCCGAAUCGUUCACGCUCCUUCGGUUUGCGGAUGAAUUGAAGAAUGCGAGAAGGUUAGGGGCAUUCAAGCAAUAUAUGGUGGGUCGAAGCAGUGAGGCGACAUUUUCAGAUGCUUUUGAGAAGCAGGAAGCUAUAAUUCGACACCUUGGAGGUUUCGAUCCUACUGGAGAGAAUCUUCAAAGUGCUCAUAAACAAGAAACGGCAAAGCAUUGUAAUUGCCCGAUAGCGGACGUAGAGAAUGCACUUGCAAAGUUUACAUGGGCUAAAGAAGCACAAAAGAAGAUAGAGAAGUUAAAAGAAGAAGGGAAACCGAUGCCAAAGAGCAUUGCUGAGGUGCAGAAGCUGGUGGGUACGACACCAUUGGAUCUUGCCAGGUCUAAUUUGGCCAAGAGUGGGCAAAUCAGUAGGAAUGCUCUAUGCCCUUGUGGUUCCAAGAAGAGAUACAAACGGUGCUGCGGGAAGGAUUAAAGGCGGGAAGGAUUGAGGGGAUUGGAGAACUACAUUUACAGGGGAAAAAAAACCUUGAUUCAAGUGCUGGGUAUUAGAGUUUCACAGAGAUGGUGAAUUCAACUGUCUCAAAGAAUUAUUUGUUGGAGCUCUUUGGUGUACAACAGUUUGUUGGACAAGUUAACCAGCAGACAGGCCAUCGUAUGCUUUCAGGGAACUGACGAUCAGAUGGUUUUUUAACCGACGUGGUUGCUUCUGUUUCCACAUCAUUGAGUGAACGAAUUAUGUGGAAAAUAAUAAAAUCUC